GUUGCAGUUAAGGCUCGGACCAGUCGCAUUGUUGGACUGGACUGCUGCUCAGAACAGCCUCUUGACCGUUUUGUCGGUUUUCGCGGACGCCAUUGGGAGACCGUGGCUUGCUCUGGGCCUUCCCGACUCGAGCUGUAUCAAAGGAUGGUUGAUGCUUUUUGGUAUGCCAACAUAUCAUCGCCCCCGUGGCCGAAUGGCGACUUGUUGCGGCAAACAUGGUUGAUCAGUCUUGUUAACGACUCCUUCCGUAUCCUUUCUGCCUCCAGAAUGUCCUCUUCUCGCUCCAAUAUCUCCAACAAGGCGCUUACCGCCUUCUCGCCUGAGUUGUUUGUGUACAUGGAUUGUAAAUCGAAAGUCACCAACAGUUCCGACCCCACCAGCCCAAUGUUCUGGAUUAUUUGA